CCUCUCCUCUCUUAGCUCAGUCUGUCUGGAACUCUUGACGGAACUUGUCUUCACUUCCCGGGACUUCUCUCCAUCAUGACUCGGGUUUCUCCGGCCGUGUGUGUGUGGCUGCUGUUUGGGCUGCAGGCUGUUGCUGUGGUGAAGGCCCAUUGGAUUCCCCCACCAAAACCACUAAGGGAAAAUGUAGACUACACCAAACAGGAACAUGUUGCCAAGAUUCAUUCCGAUUUUGAUCAAGGGAAUGGGAAUAUUGAAUACUCUCUAGAAGGCAAGGGUGCAAACCAAAAUCCCUUCCAUGUGUUUGUAGUCCACCCUACAACUGGAAACAUUCGUGUCACCAAAAUUCUUGACAGGGAAUUCAUCAAUUCCUACAAUCUGUCAGGUGUUGCUAGGUACAAAGAUGGCAGCCUUGCAGAGAGCAACGUUGACAUACGAUUCAAUGUUGAAGAUGACAACGACAACUCUCCAGUGUUUCAAGAAAUCCAGACUGGGGGGGUGCAUGAGUGCAGUGCUGCAGGGACUACAGUUAUGAGAGUAAUUGCAACUGAUGAUGAUCAACCAGGGAAUAAGAACUCUCAGAUCGCCUAUCACAUCAUAGAUCAGACACCAGCUCAUGACAUGUUUGAGAUGAGCAAAUCUGGAUACAUCCUUGUCAAAAAUUCUGGCCUGGACAGAGAGAAAACAGAUCAGUACGUUCUGAGGGUGAGAGGUCAAGACUUAUAUGGCGAACCAGGGGGAAACACAGGAACCGGCACAGUUACCAUUAAUAUCCUGGACGUGAAUGACAACGCCCCAACUCUGGAAAAAACCCAGUAUCAGGGCAGCAUUGAGGAGAACACAAAGGAUGUGGAGGUGAUGAGGCUCAAAACACAUGACAUGGACCUGCAGAACACAGACAACUGGGAAGCUGUGUUUGACAUUGUCCAAGGCAACGAGGCUGGGUACUUCAGCAUCAAAACAGACCCCGUCACCAACGAGGGCAUCCUAAUGCUCGUCAAGGCUGUGAACUAUGAAGAUGUGAAGGACCUUAACCUAGGCAUAAUUGUGAAGAACAAGGCUCCGAUGUUUGAUGGAUCUGGGGCAGGUUCUGAAGCUGGUAUAGGUUUCGGAGGGGGAGGAGAUGGGGCAGGGGGAGCAGGUGGGGGAGGUGGAGCAGGUGGGGGAGGUGGAGCAGGUGGGGCAAGUGCAGCAAGUGUGGGAGGUGGAGCAAGUGGGGGAGGUGGAGCAAGUGGGGGAGGUGGAACAAGUGGAACAAGUGGGGGAGGUGGAACAAGUGGGGGAGGUGGAACAAGUGGGGGAGGUGGGUCUGGAGGAGCAUCAUGGCAAGGUGGGAGCAAAUUUGUGACCUAUCCAAUCAAAAUCAAUGUGAUGAACCAGCCCGAGGGGCCAGCUUUUGACCCAAAGAUCAAAAAGAUUCCCGUGUCAGAAGGAGGCACCUCCUUCAACGUGAAUGAUGUCAUCGGCCACUACCAGGCAAUAGAUGGAGACACUGGGAAACCAGCUGAGAAUGUCAGGUAUGCCAAGGGCUCAGAUCCUGACAACUGGCUAACCGUCGACCCUUUGACAGCUGAGAUCAAACUGAACAAGAAGCCUGAUAGAGAAUCUCCAUACCUGGUCAAUGGGACAUAUAUUGCACAAAUAGUCUGCAUUACAGAAGGUACGCUCUACGCCGCUAUGUUCCAGAUUUUUGACUUUGUCAUCAUCCCAGAGGGCACUCAGGGCAAAUGGCAGGUGAACCCUUUAAAUGACACUGCAGCUUCCCUAAAUGCCCAGGAAUCCAUGUGGCCUGGAUUCUACGAGGUGAAAUUUGUGGUGAGGGACAAGCAGGGAGAGGCCUGUCCAGACCCACAGAAAGUGACGGUCGAAGUCUGUACCUGUGUGGACGGGGUGGUGUGUGGAAAACGAGCCACCAGCAAAAGAUCAGAGUUCGGACCUUUAGGCGUCGGACUGCUGUUCCUGGGUCUGCUGCUGUUACUACUACUUCUUCUGUUGCUGCUUUUCUGCCAAUGUGGGGGGGCUGGGGGCUUGCCAGGGGGCUUUACUGAGAUGCCUUUCGACACCAAAUCACACCUCAUUAACUACCGCACUGAGGGCCAGGGAGAGAACACGGAGGUGCCGCUACUGAACAUGCCAACACAAAUAGAUGGAAAUAUGGUCAACGUGAAUAUGGGCAUGGCUAACAAUACUUUAGCAAUGGCGCCCAUGGCAGGUUUGGAUUUCCAGACAUCCGUUACUUCCAUGGAUGGGAUGAACGGGGCCGGCUAUCAAGAAGGUUUUGCAAGUGGCCACAGAGAAGGGGCAUGGGGGAUGAACCAGCAGGGCGGCAGUGGCUUCUACUCUGAGUUUGAGGGCAGAGAAUCAGGAGUAGGUGGAGGAAUGUAUGAUGGCAUGGCUCUGCCAGAUCACUUCCUGGCACAGUACUACACUCAGAAGGUGGCCAGUGGAAAUGGAAACCUCAGAGGCAAGGACUGUCUUUUGGUUUAUGACUACGAGGGCCAGGGCUCCCCUGCUGGCUCAGUGGGCUGCUGCAGCCUCCUGGAGUCUGACAACGACUUGCACUUCCUCGAUGACCUCGGGCCAAAGUUCAAGACUCUGGCUGAGGUAUGCGGAGAAAAGAAGAUCCCAACUGAAGUCAAACAAGAAUUCACUCCUCUGCCCAGCGCUUCCGUCAACACUCAGUCCUCAGUAUCAACUUUGAUGACUACCCAACAGCUUCCCCCUCCACCCCAGCCGAAGCCCCGCGUCCCUAAGGCCGUGGUCAGUGAGACAGUGAACAAAAGCACAGCCACAGUUAGGGAAGAGAAGACUACAAUGACGAAAGGGAUGACUACAGUGAAGGAAGGGAUGGCAACUCAAGGCCAGAUGCUCCUGCUACAGCAGCCAGCGCAGCAGCCUGUCUACUACACCACCGCCCCUGUGAUGCAGCCGAUGCACUAUGUAGUCCAGCCACAGGUUCAGAACACAGUGCUGCUGGCUGAGGCACCAGCCACCAACAUGCAGAACAUGGUACUGCUUAACGGCACCCAGACUGGUCCGGCCCAAGGCAUGGUUUUUCAGAACCAGACAGUGAUGUCCGGCGGACAAGCCCAGGGCCCCCACAUGAUGCUAGUGGAGAGGAGCGGGAUCCAAGGGAGCGGUGCCAACAUGAUCCAUGCUGGCAACCUCUCUGGCUCCCAGACCAUGAUGGUCAUGGAGGGCAUGGUCCCUGCAGGGUCAAUGAAAGGCCUGUCGGGGAGCCAGACCUUCCUCAUGCAGGGGGGCACUCUGCAGCAGCCAGGAGGACAUUCUGGAUCUCAGAGGGUCCUGCUGGUCGGGGGGCCAACGAGCAGCGCAGGUCAGCUGGUCCAGGAGACAGGAGGUCUGUCCCAGAAAAGUGACAUCUCUGGCUCUCAGAGAGUCCUCUACAGCAAGGUCAGCACUUCAGCUGGCCCUCAGAGCAGCGUGGCAAGUUCCUCUACCACCAGAGUGAGCGGAACCCCCACCUACCGCAAGGUGGUGGUGCAGGAGAAAACCACUGAAAUGUGAUGUGAGAAAAAAAAACUUUUUAAAUGCAGUUUAAACUUAUGGCAAGGCAAGUUCUCAACUAUUUUUAUAGUUCAUGUCAGUUUAUUUGUGGAGGGUGUGCUGCAGCAGAUGGACUCAGAAUGAAGCAACAUGUACCCGCAUGAUACCACUGCUUCUGCUUGACACCAACAUAUGCACCCAGACAAACACUAUCAAGCCCAUCAAUCUUGGAUUUAAGAAUAUUUCAUAUUGUGUGUUCAUAUGUUAUACGUUUAUAUUCACAGUUUUCUGGAAAUUUCAUUUCCAAACACAUAGCUGCCAUAUCUUUAGAAAAAGGUGUUUUUUUCUGUCCACUGUUUGUUUUUGCAAAGGUAUUUUUGUGAUGUUCAGUUUAGUUUGCCAUGCUGGCAGCACUGUUAGUCUGUCGGUCCACUAAUUUGUUAUCAGGGUCAAUUGUCUUAACGACUAUUGUAAUGUAUGUAAUGUAUUGUUGUGAAAUUCUGUACUGAUAUUUAUGGACCCGAGAGGAUGAUAUUGAAUAACUUUGGUGACGCCCCUGACUAGCGCCACCAUGAAGUCAACGUUUUCCCUUAUCCUUUUAAAUAUUGCAACAUCUAACAGAUGAAUUGGUACAAACAUUUGUACUGACCAACAACCUUAACCUUUGGCGGGGUUAGGGUAAGGGUUAGGUAUGUUAUUUCAGGUAAAGUGCCUCUGUGGUAAUAUAACUAAACAUCCUCUGCAGAUUUGUCCCUCCACCAUUAGGGCAGUGUGACACUUACUGAGAUGCAUGUCUUGUCCAACAGACAAUUAAAAUUCAGAAAUGGUUCAAAUGUGUCACUGUACAGAAUAUUGAUUGAUAAAAUGUUUUUUAUACUCAUUAUGAAAGAUCAGUUAAACAGGUUGCAAUCAAUUUAAAGUAUUUUCAAAUCACUAAUGGUCACUUGUAGGGCAAAAACAGACUUCUCGUCACUGAUUAAACAGUUGUUGUCAGCUGUUCAGAUUUUUGAAAUGUUUCUCUAAAAACAACAUCCUGAGGGUGCAAUAUACAGUACAGCACAUGUCGAUACUACAGGACAACAUGCCUAAACAGAAGACCAACAACCAGAGUAGAAAGCCCAACAGCUGAUCCACUACGUAUUUGAAGAGUCUGGGUUGGAAUGCAUUGUUGUGAUUAUAUGGGUGAAGAUAACCCACUGGAACUAUUCCUAGUCAGCUGACCAUGAAUUACCUGCUUUCUUGCUCUAUACACCUUUGGAGAGAGAUAUAUGUUUGCCUAGCUAAGACUAUUAUAUUUCAUAAUUCUCUUAAAGCAGAAGCACUUUUAAGCAAUAAGAUACAAAGUGGGGGUAAUCUUGACAAAAACCUAAACAUUUGUUUCUGCUAAUUUGCACUUUGGUUUAUGGUGAUCCAGCUUGAGCUAAACAAGCUCAAUCUGCCUUUACACAGCUCUUGUGUUUAUACCAUUUGAUUGUUGCUCUUGAAUGAAUUACAGGAAAUGUUUUUAUGUUGGACAAAGGUUUUUUUUUUUUUAGUCACCGUGGUAAGGUCAUGGGUUUUGUGUUAUGUCAUUUUCAGUAUAAAUGUAAAAUGGCCGAUUAUGCUGUGUUUACACUUUCAAACUCAAAUCAAUUGAGAACGUGAAAUCCACAAUUGUUUUUGUUGAACUAAACUUUUUUUUUAUUGUGUGUACAUGUUCAUUCCUAUAAAUGGUAAAAACAGGCACAAUGCAUCACAAUGCGAUAAUGACUGUCUCAGUGAUGUCCAAUGGGAAGCAUUUGUCUUAUGCUGGCUUACUUUAAUAAACUCUUUUACACAGAAUA